AUGGAAGCGGAUCUUUUCAACAAUGCCGACCCGGCAACUGUAAAACAAAAGCUCAUGGAAUAUUACAGUUUGACUCCGCAAGCGACUGAGCAUUUCAUCACGCAAUUGAAAAUGUUGCAUCAGAAUAGAAUUGCUGCUCAGAACAACAUUACGCUUAGAGCUGUCAGUGCCCUCGUAUCCGUGUUUCCCUUUCCUUCCAAUUUCUAUUUCAGAAUGAGAUACCGGUAGAUCAGGAGGUCGUUUGCCCACCGGGCCCGGUGAUGUCGGGUCUGCGCAACUGUGCCUCGCCACCUACGACUCCACCGAGACCACCUCGCUUCGAGAGACCUUCUCCAGCUUAUCAGCAGCCGGCUCCACUCGACAUGCCGGAGUUCGCGCGACCAUUCGCGGCUGCCAUCUUGACGUUGGACACGAACGCCAUCACUCAGAAACUGAAGACGAUCCGUCUGCUCGGAAGAUGUCAUCUGAUCGAGGUGGCGGCGUUCAACUCGAGUUGUUUCCUUCACAAGGUACUAGGACUCUAAGACAACUGCUUCCUUCCUUGCCCAACAAUUCCCAACUUCAGAUUGUCCGUGAGCUGCCCAGACCCAAUCCGGAGAACCAAGAGAUCACGGCUUUGCACGCGAGAGUGGCCAAAGUGUUCGAGCUGAUCAAGGACUACCUCGAUAGCAACGUCGACCGCGUCGACAGCGACGGAAAUACUCUUCUGAAUCUGGCAAUCUACACGGGACAAAUCGAGAUGGCGAAAGAGCUCAUCGACCAGGGGACACGCCUCAACACCUACAACAGAGACCGCAAAGGGCCGUUGGAGAUUGCUGUUCAGGUGAACAACAUGGCCCUCUUCGAAUAUCUCAUUCAGGCCGGAUGCCGAUUCCACCACAUCAUCGACGAGCUCCGUCCGAGAAACAUGAUUGAGCACUUGUGAGUUGGCCCGAAGUCCCUCGCCUAAUCGCAGUUAAUUCAGGAAAGGAGUGACCGUGCCGGAGGAUAUGGUCGUCGUCGCCGCGAACCAUCAAACCGAGCUUAGGACGCUGUUUGACGAGGACCGCGCCCAAUACGGAGUGUGCUCGAAAGCAGUGGCCAAGUACGCGAUCGUGUUGUUCCCUCGCGGGACAGUUCAAGACGAUCUGAAGGAAAUGCAGGGAGACUUCAUUGGCGACACAAGCAUUACGUCAAACCCACAGAUGGGAUGCAUGAUGAAGUUGAUGCCGAUCAUCUGGGACAAAAAACUGGUGAAUCGGUACGAAUACAGUCCCAACUCACUCGACAGUUUCAGAACAAGUUCGUGGCGAAGAGAGACACCGCCUGCCACAUGGGCGAACGCCCACUGGUCAAUGACAUAGUGGCCCAGUACAGACACCGUCCGCACUAUUACGAGGUUAACACCCUCUACGCCGGCCAGAACAACAUCGUGUUGACGUUCAAAAAGAGCGAAGAGCAUGUUAUCCUAGCUGCUCAGGUCUCGUUGCACCGUUAUGAACACACCGGAGACCUCGAGUUCGACCGUUCCGAAUCUAUCCAUAUCGGGGAUGGCACUGUCUCCGAGAUUCUGAAAGCGACGAACGAUACCUCAGAAAGAGUCGGAUUCAGCUGCACGAAUGCUGCUCGCCACUUGAAGGUCACCCCUGCCAAUGGCGUUUUGAAUCCCUCUGAAGAGAUUGAACUCGUCGUCUCGUACAAUCCGAUUUUCUUCGCGUCGGAGGUAAAGCACCUGCUCCCAAGAAAUCGUUGCUCUUUUUCUACAUUUCAGGAUCCCAACAAGUCCCGUUUUUCCAUUAAAUGGAUUAAUGCUCCGGCGGAUGAGCAGACUUACUCGGAUCGUUGGUUCGACCGUCGUGUCAAUGAGAGAUACAAAACCUUCGACGUCACUUUCAACUAG